AUGUCGACUGGUUCAGAAGUUAAUGCAAACGGUGUGGGCAGGUGCUACUCUCGCUUCCUGUUUGCAAUGAAACUCACCCACCGCAAGCUUUGUAUGCUAUCCUCCGUCAAAACAAUACUGCAAGAUCACUGCAGUAAACUCUCGCUGAUACCCGCCCUCUCUCUGCCACUCCAAAGAAGCAUGGAUCCAUGCAUAUCGUGCCACGACCAGCUCAAGCAGCUACUUCUCUCAGUGCCUGCCGACGAGCUCCGACUUGAUGGCCUGAGUGAAAUCGACAGACUUCAACAAGGUUUCAAGGCCUUUCAGCUUGAUUCUAAGCCCGAUUCAGGAGAAGCCAGUGCGCCAAAUGACGCUGCUCCUCUGAUCACUUUGAGGAAAUUGCCGGGCAGAGGGAUCGGUCUCGUUGCGACACGUCGCAUCCCUGCCGGCAGCAUCAUUUUCAAAGAAAAGGCCGUUUUGGCCCUCCCAGUCCGCGAAGACGGGGCCGUUUAUUCUGACUUCUUCACAAAGCUUGUGGGUGAUUACAACAAGUUGCCACCUGGGACGCGCCAGCGUAUCUUGGGCCUCCAUGCAUACACUCGACCCGACCUUGAGAGUGCCGUGCGUAAAUUUCUCGCCGCGGGCAAGGGCAAUGUUAAGCUCACCAAGCGUCAAGCGGACUUCCUCAUUCAUUUGAACUCGAUUUGCGCGACCAAUUCGUUUGGCGGUGCAAAGCUGUCGUCCACGAUGCUGUACCUCGGGACCAGUCGGAUCAACCACUCCUGCAUUCCCAACUGCGAGCAUUCGCACGGAUCGGAGAAAAAUCUCGACUAUGUUACAAUCCACGCCAUUCGCGAUAUCCACCCGGACGAGGAGAUUACAGUGACAUACCUCGACGUCUACGAUCCGCGCGACAAACGAAGAGCUGACACGGAGCGCGUCUGGGGCUUCGUAUGCAACUGCCCAGCCUGCGAUUAUGCCAACCCUCUCAUCGACACGACCAUACACGAGAGCCGAAUAGCCGAAUACCGCCGACUCAGGCUUGAGUCUUGCCUUACAAUAUCUAUGGACGUCCGUUCCAUCCCAUUGCCACUUGAGGAUCUUGAUGAGGCGCUUCGUCGGUCAAUUCGUCGAGCUGUGAUCACAGAGUCCAUCAGCGACAACCAAAGUGUUUUGGAGAAAUACAUUCUCUCGGCCGGAAUUUGCGAAUGCAAAUGGCUUCUAACAGGCGAUGAGCGAGACAUCAAGACCCAAAUCAGCUUUUUGGAGCCAGCUCUGGCCCUGACGAAGAAGUUCCCUUUCACCCACACAGGUCGGGAAAGAAACGGUGAUGUAGGACUAAAACUGCAAUCAGCAAGAGCCAGACUGGGUAGUACGGGAAAAGCGCAGUGGGCGCAACUUCGGAAAUAUGGAGUCCUCGUGCCGCGAGGGGACAAACAUGUCACGGCGCAGAUUGCCUUGGGUGCCAAGCUUUCGGACGGGAAACAUGCUAUGGAUUUCAUCGACGGUAGAAUACCGCUCAAGGAUCUGCCUGCAGAGCUGCGGGCCCUUGUGACCGCGUCUGGUCACAGUCUCGAGGAGAUUCUCAAGGUGGCCCGAGAAGAGUUGACCAGACCCCAAGUGGAAGGAGAUGUGUGA